AACCCUAACAAAUCUCCACAUCCAAAAAACACUACACAAAUCUAGUCACUCUUUGUUGAAUUCAGUUAUUAAUUCAGAAAUGGCGAAUCCUAAGGUGUUCUUCGACAUGACCAUCGGCGGUCAGCCGGCCGGGAGGAUCGUGAUGGAGCUCUUUCAGGACACCACUCCCCGUACCGCCGAGAACUUCCGAGCUCUCUGCACUGGCGAGAAAGGAGUCGGUCGCUCCGGAAAGCCACUCCACUACAAAGGAUCAAGCUUCCACCGUGUGAUCCCUGGGUUCAUGUGCCAGGGAGGCGACUUCACCGCCGGAAACGGCACCGGAGGAGAAUCAAUCUACGGCGCCAAGUUCGCCGACGAGAAUUUCGUCAAGAAGCACACUGGACCCGGUAUCCUCUCCAUGGCCAAUGCUGGACCCGGAACCAACGGGUCUCAGUUCUUUAUCUGUACCGCUAAGACCGAGUGGCUCGACGGGAAGCAUGUGGUGUUCGGUCAUAUUGUUGAGGGAAUGGACGUCGUGAAGGCCAUAGAGAAAGUGGGGUCCAGCUCCGGCAGGACCUCUAAGCCCGUGGUGGUUGCUGACUGCGGUCAAUUGUCUUAAAUUAAAAAUAUCGUAGAUGAUCAUGAUCAUGAUUAUAGUGGAUCAUGACGGACGGCUAUGUUAUCUAAGAUGUGGUGUCUGUUAAUUUCUGUGUCUUUGUGGGUUGUUUUUCGUGUUGAGUCGUCUUCGAUGGUUCAAUCGAGCGAUCUCUUUGUCUUGUCGUGCCUUUUAAAUAAGAAAAAGGGUUUGAUUAUGAUUA